ACCACAUCUGGAUGAAGCCGAGCUAGAUGCAGCAUCAGCUGAUCGGAGCUUUAGCAGCGUUGGCUUAAUGUCAAGUAAAUGAUUUAAAUUGUCCACCUGUCAGCCUCUCUGACGUUUCAGAUGUGCUGAUCCUCCCGGAAGAGCGCAGACAAACAGCUGCAGCCAACACAAAUCUUUAUUUUCCCCUCCUCGGUGCUAAGGUUAUGCUAGCUAACAGCUGCACAUCAGAGCAUUAAACAGCCUUGGACGAUGAAUGUCAUGUUAAUCUUAACAAUCCGUGUGAUUCGGUUUGCUCUGCAGUAGUAAGCCGCAUAUUGAUCUGAUGUUAGGAUAGCUUAAAUAUCUGUUGUGGUUGUCCUUUCCUGCAUCCCUGGGUUCGUUCAGCUGCUCUGUACGCCUCUCCGUGUGUUAAGGACGUGUUGCGCCCACAUGGGCAGCGUUCUGGCCCUGUCGUCUGGUCCCGGCCAUCAGAACUGGCCCUUUUCCACGGACCCCGCUCCUUCUCGCUGGGACACGCAUCCGGCUCACUGGGACACCCCGCCGCGCUGGGAGAGGAGAGAUGGCCGCCUGCCCAAUCCCGGCAGCUUUCACUCGCUGCACAGGAGCUGCAAGGACGUGUUUCCCCAGCAGAUCGAGGGAGUCAAGAUGAUUGUCAAUAAAACUCUGAGCAGCUUCUUCAAGGUCAGUCACACUCUCCACCUCAGCGCCGUCAGUCCGUCCUACUACCGCUUCCACGUGGAGCAUCUGCAGUCUGACGAUUACAGCAAAGACAAGGACGCCCCGGCGCUGAUCGGUGAGAUGGACUCCUCGGGCAGCCUGAACGCUCACUCCCUGCUGCAUCUCACCGAGCGAGUGAGAGCCAGAGCCGUGUUCCAGACCCAGCAGGCGCAGUUUGUGACGUGGCAGUUUGAAACGGAGUACAGAGGAAAUGACUUCACGGCGGCGGUGACAGUGGCCAACCCGGACAUCCUCAGAGAGUCGGUGAUCCUCGUGGCACACUUCCUGCAGAGCGUGUCCUCUGGCCUGGUGCUGGGAGGCGAGCUGGUCUACCAUCGAGGACGAGCAGAGGAAGGAGGCAUCCUCACGCUGGCCGGACAGUACUCAAGACCAAACUGGGUGGCAACGCUAAAUGCUGGCAAAGGAGGCGCCCAUGCUAGCUACUAUCACAGAGCCAACAAACAGAUCCAAGUCGGGGUGGAAUUUGAAGCCAGCACCAGGACCCAGGAGACCACUGCCUCCUUUGGGUACCAGAUGGAGCUCCCAGAGGCCAACAUGGUCUUUCGAGGUAUGGUGAACAGCAGAUGCAUAAUAGGAGGAGUACUGGAGAAGCGUCUGACUCCGCUGCCUGCCACUUUGAUCAUGGGUGCCUUUGUAAAUCACCGGGGCGACAAGUUACAAGUGGGGCUCGGCGUCAACGUGGGAUAGUCGUCCACAAACUGCUCCUGAAACUGUGACUUCUGUCCCAAUAUCCGUCCAGAGACCUUUGAUUUUUUUUUUUUUUUUUUUUUUUUUUCCAUAAGACCUCAUCGUCCACCGAGUUCCCAGGGUUUUAUCAGAAAUCUUGUACAGACUUUAUGGCUCUUAAAACACUUCUACUGACCGUCUGAGCGUCAUGGAUUGAAGGUGUUUCCUUGAUUCCACUUAUCGUGUCUUUCUACCUACCUCUUAAAAUGGAGGUGUCGUUUUUUCCGAUUGGAGGACAGUGAGAUUACACAGGAAGAACUGAGGAACGGGACUCAACAGCUCAACAGCCUUCAGACAUGUUGGAGGUGUCCUGACCAAUGCCUGAAAACCUACACCUAACGUCCACAAGCAGAGAAUGUCUCCACAAAACUCUCCUAUAGAAACAAACACUGGAAAGAAUCCUGUACUGUAAAUGUAAAAAAAAAACUUUUAUACUGUAAGUAGUUGUAAGGAAACUUGGUGUAUAUAGUUGGUAUCGAGCUGUGUCUGUGAGUACAUGUGUGUGUGUGUGAGAGAGAGAGAGAGACAUUUGUAUGUGUUUCUGCUUUGGUGCAGAUGCAUGUGCUCUUUAUAAAACGGUGUGUGAGAGCGUCACACCCUGACACACAGCCUGAUGACUCUGAGAGGAUCAGCGCGGCUCCAUCUACACCAACUCCUGCCCUCUUGGCCCACAACUGAAGGGUGUGUGUGUGUGUGUGUGUGUGUGUGUGUGUGUGUGUGUGUGUGUGUGUGUGUGUGUGUGUGUGUGUGUGUGUGUGUGUGUGUGUGUGUGUGUGUGUGUGUGUGUGUGUGUGUGUGGCUAUGCAUUGUUUUGGAAGGUACUGUUUGUAUAUAGGACAUAAGCAUAUAGACACACUGAGCUGUAUGUAAUCUGCACUAGUCUCUAUUCUUCUGGGCAUUUCCAGCCCUGUUUGACCACUCAGAAGUUAUUAUUAUUAUUAUUGUUAAUAAUAUUAUUAUUAAUGUACUAAUGUGUUAAAUUAGCAUAUUUGAAGGGGGCAUCUCUCUUUUUUGUCUUAAUUUAAUAAAGAUGCUAUUUAUUUCCA